AUACUGAGUUAAGCUCAGGACUUCCAGAGGACAGCUACUCUUCGGGAGGUGAAGCCCUAGACGGUGAUGAUGAAGAUGAAACGGCGGCCCUUGGCAAUGUGGUUGAAGAGGCAUCAAGCUCCAAAGCUGGCCCAAGUGGAGGCUGGGCAGAUGCCAUGGCAAAAGUGCUCAACAAAAAGAUUCCGCAAAAUAAGUCCACCAUCUUGGCCAAGAAUAAAAAACUGGAGAAGGAGAGAGAAAAGGAAAAACAAGAAAGGCUGGAGAAGAGAAUGAAGCUUGAUAAAAAGCGGGAGUGGGAAAUGAUGUGCCGAGUGAAGCCAGAUGUUGUCAAAGACCGAGACACAGAAAGAAAUCUUCAGAGAAUUGCCACGAGAGGUGUUGUACAAUUAUUUAAUGCUGUCAGGACACACCAGAAGAACAUUGAUGAGAAGGUGAAGAAAGCUGGGAGCUCUGACAGGCAGCGCGCUAAACUGCUGUCAUCUGUUUCAAAGAAAGAUUUUAUCAAUGUUUUAAGAAACAUGGAAGGUACUAAAGGAAGCAAGAAUCCUGCUGGAAAGGCCACAAAAAGUAAACAGGGUGAAGUGAAGUCCGAAGAGGGGCCAGAAUGGAAUAUACUGCGUGAUGACUUCAUGAUGGGAGCAUCUAUGAAAGACUGGGACAAGGAAAGUGAUGGAGAGGGCAAUGCUGAACAAGGAGGUGGUCUGAAACAAGAAGAUGACAGUGACUGAGUGAAACUGAAAACCCUUCAAGAUGAUAUUUUAUCCUCUUCACUUUGUUUGGAUAAAAAGUCAGCAUUCUGUGAAUGUGCAAUGCUUGGAGGAUAUCUCUCUUUUUUUUAAAAAAAAAAAAAAAAGACUUGCACAACUUUGGAGUGUUUUCUCCUCCAUGUCAAACUUUUAUUUAACAUAGCUUCAUUUGCUAUACUGAAAUCCUGAAAUAUUUUCCAAAACAUGUAUAAUUUUCAACAUAUUUCCAAAACAUUUUGUACAGUCAAAAUAGUGGCACCUGCCCAAUGAAAGAAAGAUUUUGCCAAGGUCAUUAAAAGUUUAUACGUUAGUCAUGGCAAUUGAUGUAUUAGUGUGCCUGCGUUUCCAAAUCAGUGUUGCACUUUGAAAAGUUGUUAGCAAUUCGCAAUAGAAAUGGCUUACAAUAAACACACAAAUGCCGUCACCUUGUAAAGUUAUCGGACUCCUAUAGAGCAUUUACUACUUUGGCCAGAAAAGGGUUUGUAGAUAAUAAG